AUGGAUGCUACUUCUGAUGAUGAUGGCGGUUUUGUGGGACGUUUUCUUCGGAUCAGAGUCAGUUUGGAUUUGGACAAGCCUCUACGUUCAUCUCUGGAAUUCACUUACAAAAAUUUUCCUCGAACCUGUCAGAGUAGAUACGAACGGCUGCCAAGCUUCUGGUUCCUUUGUGGUAGAAUCGGUCAUUUGGAAGAAAUUUGUGAAGAUGCAACUUCAAAAUCUGCUUCUGUUCCUCCAAAAUAUGGCCCAUUGUUGAAAGCCUCACCACCCUUUAGUCCCUUCUCUACUGCCUAUAAUCAUCCCUCUCCAAUUCCUCUUCAAAUUCAAAGAAAUCAUCUUCCUCCUCUCAUCCACAAAACCAGAAAACCUCUCUGAUCACUUAUCCUGCUUAUAGACCUCCAUUUCGAUCACCUGAAGCAUAUCAUCCCCCUCCUUCUCCGUCUACUCGUCAUCCCUUCACAGCUUCCAACUUCCCAACCACUAAGCAUAAACACCAAUCAACUCCCUGUUCAACACAUGAUCCUUCCUCCAGCAUAUCACGUCCAAUCUGAAUCCAUCACCAUCCACC